AUGGUGGUGGUUCUUCUUGCUCUCUUCUUGCGCCCUGCUUUGGCACACGGUAAACAUAUCAUUGUCGCCAUUAUCACUCUAUCUGCCUUCACCGCUCCCUUCGCCUCGUGCAUUCUGUUCCCGUCCUUCACCACCCUGGUGGAUCACUUUCACACCACAGAGACCAAGGUCGCCCUGACGACAACAGUGUUUCUUCUGGGUCUGGCGGUUGCUCCGUUGUGGUGGAGCACGCUGAGCCAGGAAUACGGCCGUCGACCGGUUCUGGUUUUCAGUUUCCUCAUCUCAGCCGCGGCCGUCCUUGUUUGCGCUACAUCCAACUCGCUGCCCUUGAUCACCGUCUUUCGACUGAUCGAGGCUCUGGGUUGCUCCUCCGCACAGAGUGUGGGCGCUGGUGUCAUCAGCGAUAUCUACACGUCGACUGAGCGUGGAGGGGCACUGGGGUGGUUCUACCUCGGGACUCUUAUUGGGCCCCUGAUCGCGCCGAUUAUUGGAGGUGCAUUGCAGGCAUGGCUCGGCUGGCGUUCAAACCUAUACUUUAUGGCUAUCUUCACAUUCAGUGCGGCUCUUCUCACCAUGUUUUGUCUGCCCGAGACGUUAGUAAAAGCUUCUGUCGAGAGCGAGCACAAGCAGCCGUGGUAUCAGGCGAUUAAGCGCGAUGCUCUGGCUCCAUUGUCCAAGCUGAAGUACUUGCUGGUGCCUUCGAUAGCCCUAACCAUUGCCUACGUGAGCUUGUGCUUCGCUGGCCUCUAUUGUUUCAACACAACGCUCCCCUACGCUUACGCAGCGCCCCCCUAUAAUUUCUCUUCUAUCGAGAUUGGCCUCUACUACAUCAGCAACUGUCUUGGACACGCAAUCGGAAGCGUCGUCGGCGGCAAGUUGAGUGAUGCCAAGCUGCUGCAGUAUCAGCGUGCUCAUAACGGAGAGAUUCGCCCUGUCGAGAGAGUCAAGACGGUUUGGUAUGGUGUAGGUUUUAUUCCGGCUGGUCUGAUCAUCUAUGGAUGGCUAGUGGAGGAGAAGGUAUUCUGGUUCGCCCCUCUUAUUGGUGCCUUCCUGUUUGGACUGGGACUUGUGCUUGUUACUGCGACCAUCAUGCCGUUCCUUGUCGAUAUCAAGCCAGGAGUUGGUGCUUCUGUGGUGGCUGAUCUGAACUUGGUCCGCAAUAUCCUAGCCGCCAUUGGCACUGUAGUGUCACCUAUUGCUAUCUCAAGUAUUGGUUUCGGAUGGUGGAUGUCUAUUCUGGCUUUGAUCUGCUCUUUGGCUGUUGGCUUUGUGGCUAUUGUUAUCUGGAGAGAGGGAACUGAGAAGACUUCAGGUGAUGAAGAUACAGUGUAA